AUGGGCGCGGUUCCCAAAGGCUGGUCGACCGAUGACCUUAUUGUGGUGGGGAUCCCGGACCACUUUCCAAUCGGCGCUUUGACUGGUCUCUUCGGCAGCGGCUCGGAUUCGGGAGGUUGGGCAUGGCCAUUCCCCCCCAAUGCAGAACAUGGCAACGCCAUGUACUUUCCCCGAGUCUCGACAACGAAUUGCAACAACGCCAUAGCCCUUCGAGACGUCUAUCCGACCCUCAGGCUGUUUCGAAUCUCCACGGCCCGGUACGACGAAAUCGUAGCCGACAACAUGGACCUGUCGUAUACGAUGUCGCGCCUCUCGGCCGCAGACGAGUUUUGA